UUCAAUACAAAAAUCGUCUGCAUUUCUUUGGAAAUGUCUUUUAAAGUAGAAACACUAUUAGCCAGCCUCAAGGAAAUACAACAAGAAAAGAGUUAUUUAGAACAAAAGUUGAAUGAAAGAAGAAACAGGAGAAGACAACUGGAACAAGAACUAGAAAGUGUCAAUGGAAAGUAUUUGCAGAUUAAAGAUGUCCACACAAAAAUGAAUGAAACCUUGAAAGUUGCACAGCACAAAGUUUCUCAGACGCAAAGUCUUGCUGAUAGUUUGGAUGAUAGGAAUGAGUAUUACAAGAAGAGUAUAGAAGAUUUGAACCAGAAAUUAAAUGUUGAGAAAAAGGAGCAAAUUGAAGAAGUGACACAGUUUGAAGAGAAUUUGUCACAUGUGUCUGAUAACUUAUGCUCAGCAAGAACAGUAUUUACAGAUGAAAAUUUACAGAAUUGUUUGACUGAGGCAGAGAAUAUAGAAAAGAAACUUCAUGAAAGAGUGAUUAGUUACCAGAACAGUUUACUAGGAAUGGAGGCAGAAUUUGACAAACUGAAAAUAAAUCCAAAACAAGAACCAUAUUACAGUGAUAUACCUGUUGAAUUAAGAAGAGAUAUGUGGUUGUUUUUCCAAGAUGAACAUCACAAAGCAACCAAGUGCUUACAAGAUAUUCAAGGACAAAUUGAUAGUGCUAAUCAGCUGAUAGAAGCCAUCUGAUUUUGGUUGAUUUGAGUUCAUGAGUAUUUAUAUAUAUAUAUAUAUAUGUAACUGAGACAGUGAAAACUUUCCAAAGGAAUUUGUUUAUUCAUCUUGAUUUUUUGGAAACUACAAUAAAUUUGUAAUAUUUUCAUGAAAUAAACAAUAAGGGAAAUAUCAGGUAGUCAGAAGACCACAACAUGCUUAAAAUUUCCAAUAAUUCUGAUCCAUACUUCUUGGAACUUUCUUUAAUUUCUUACAAACAUUUUUGGAAGAGCCAAAGGCUAUUUCAUCAUGUUCAUUGUUCAGAAUCACAUUUACCAUUAUGUGUUCAAUGUUGAAAUAGUUUGUAUGGAUGCACAACCAAUUAUUUAGAGUAUGAUUCAUCAGUACCAUUUAGAUGGAAAAGCUCUUAAAUAUCUUAAAUAUCUUAUAAGUAAUAAAUAUAGUAAACUGGAGAUACACAAUUGUAAAUCUAGUUAAACCAAAGGUUUCAUGGACUCAAUAAAUAACUAUAGAGAAUAAUCAUCAAUUAAUUUGCAUUUGUAGGUUCUAUAUAUUUAAAGAAAAUCUGUAUAUUCCAAAAUGUUUUAAUACCAGUUUCAGUUUACAGAUAAUAAAUAUAUAUUUUUUAAUAUGUGUGUGUAUAUCAGAAAGGAUUUUAUUUCCUCUUUUUAGUGGAUAUCUGCUAUUGGUAACCUGGAUUUGUCUAUUAUAAUUUUAAAUUCAUGUACUGCCAUUUUCACUCAAAUAAAUUAAAAAACAACCAACUAAAUCAUUAUACAUUAUUCUUUUAUAAAUAGUUUUCAUAUAUUUUGUACAAAUUCAUUUUGUUUUGUGACCACAAGUCUAGUCUCUAUUUAUUGUUGUUAUUUUAUCAUGUUUGUUGAUUAUUAAAAUUGUUUUCUGUUC